AUGGAGAGAAGCAAUUACACAGUGACUGAGUUCAUCCUGGUGGGCUUCACCACAGACCGCAGGAUGCAGCUGGUCCUGUUUGUGGUGUUCCUUGGUGUCCACAUUAUGACCCUGGUAGGAAAUACCACCCUCAUGGGGUUGAUCUGUAAUGACUCCCAGCUGCACACACCCAUGUAUUUUUUCAUUGGGAAUCUGUCUUUUCUGGAUUUCUGGUACUCCUCUGUGUACACCCCAAAGAUUCUAGUGACCGGCAUCUCUGAAGACAAAAGCAUCUCCUUUGCUGGCUGUGUAGCCUAGUUCUUCCUCUCUGCUGGGCUGGCCUACAGUGAGUGUUACCUGCUGGCUGCCAUGGCUUAUGACUGCUAUGUGGCCAUCUCAAAGCCACUGCUUUACUCUCAGGUCAUGUACAUAAAACUAUGUGCAUUUUUGGUAGCAACCUCAUACCUUGGAGGCUUUAUUAACUCUGCCAUCAUAACCAAAAGGAUAUUUACCAUGAACUUCUGUAAUGACAAUAUCACUGAUGACUUUUUCUGUGAUUUGCUCCCCCUGGUGAAGUUGGCUUGUGGCAGGAAGGAUGGCUACCACGCUCUGAUGUACUUGCUCCUGGCGUCCAAUGUCAUCACCCCCAUUGUGCUCAUCCUGGCCUCCUACCUCUUCAUCAUUGCCACCAUCCUGAGCAUCCCCUCCACGCAGGGCCAUCUCAAAGCCUUCUCCACCUGCUCCUCCCACCUGAUCUCUGUCACCUUGUACUACGGCUCCAUUCUCUACAUCUAUGCUCAUCCACAAUCCAACUCUUCUUUGGAUACAGACAAAAUAGUUUCUACAUUUUACACCGUAGUAUUUCCCAUGUUGAAUCCUAUGAUCUACAGCUUGAGAAAUAAGGAUGUGAAAGAGGCUCUGAAUAAACUCCUCAAAUAA